AUGGGUGGCUUUGACGUUUAUUGUGCGAUAUGUGGCUCAACAUUCCGGAGCAACGUUUCAAUUGAUUCUGAUGAUGAAACCGAUUACACCUAUAGCGGAGAUGUUAUUGGAGAUAGUGACCUGGAAUGGCUUAACACGCUCUGCGCAUUGGGCCUCAAUCCGGACGUCCCUGGAGAAAGAAAGUCUUUUCUUACCGGCCAGGGCUCUUAUGACGAUGCAAAUGCUAUCCAUGCUUAUCCAGGUGAAGAUCAAAACGUUCCUAUAAACCCAGACAGGGAACCGCCAUACUACUUCUACACAUACUGGGAUUGGAUCGGAGAUCAGGUAGAGAGACCUGUUUUCCCUUUCCAUGAGCUGUGCUACAAAGAGAUUCUCCUUAGAUGUUUUAAAAAUGAAGAAAUAAAUGGAGAUGUGCUUUAUUCCCUCUGCAAGGAACUUGUUGAUGAUGAGUUUACGAUUAAAAGUUUGCUUUUGAAUUAUGGGGAUCCCAUGCCACCAUAUGAGCAAUAUUGGGAAUGCAGAAAGGGCGAAGAGCUUCUAGUGACAAAUCCAGUGAAAAUCACUCAGCUGACCAGAUAUCUGGACGAAAUCCAAGGCAUAAUUGAUGAAACAUACACUUCUCAGACUCAGAAAGUCCAGAAAACCUAUGACAUAUUCAAUAUACUUCCCUAUGAAAUACGACGUCAAAUAUUCGAACUCCUGUCUGUGCCAUCUGUGCUUGCUCUUAAAGCUGCAUCAUGGUCAAUGCACACAACCACACUCGCGAACGGAAACUGGAAAACAAGAUUGGAAAAUGAUCUGCCUUGGCUUUGGGAAAUUCAUAAUAUUAACCCAUUUAAGUCGCAAGAGCUGGAGGCUAGACUGUCCAAAAUAGUUACCGAACUUGAGGAAAAGAGUCAAUAUAAGACAGGGAGAGUUACUUACAUUCCCGGACUUGCUAACCGCAGGAGGAUUUGGAAGGUUUGUGAGGAAAUUAAAAACCUGUACCAUGAGAAGCUGGCUGAAAGCAAAGGUGUUUUGCUCGAUAACUCAGAACUUUAG